GCAGCCUACGAUGGGGGAGGCAGCAGCAUAAAUUAAAUAAGCCUUCCCUUCGCAAGACAUCUUCCAAAUCUACGGCCUUUUUAGCUCUACUUGUAAUUACUUUGUUUCCAUUUCUCUCCUUAGAACUGUGCUAAUUGAGAUAAAAGAUGAGUUACGCAUAGCUGUCGGUCUCCGCCUCCCCACUACGUCCACUGCGUGCGCCGGGCCAUGAACAUCAGGAAGAGGAAGCGGAAGUGUUAGCCGGGGGGCGGGGGUCCGGCGGUGUCCGCGCCGCGAGCCCUGGAAUCCUGCCAUGGAGGGGUCCAGCGAGCCGGUGCUGGAUGCCAGCUCCAAAGUUACCGACCAGAGGCUUCUGAAUUCUUGGCUGUGGCUGCUACUUCUGUUUUCGAAGCACAUCAUGCCAAUCCCUGCUUCUGUAGUCACGUUGCCUUCUCUGAUGUUCCCUCGUGAUUCCAUUGGAUCCACCUGGAUCAUCCAGGAGACGCUUCUCUUAAUAUCCUUACUUUUGUCACAUCGACAAAGUCCAUUUUGUCACAUAAGCUCUGGCUCCAAACUCCAGCUACCCGCUCUUGCAGACUCUCCGAGGCCGAGGUGAUGGUUCAAGUAAUUGGAUUCCUGCUGUCAACCUGGGAGAACUGAAUUGUGUUCCCAAUUCUUGACUUUGGCCGUGGCCAUAGCAAGCAUUUAGGGACCUCUGUCUACCUCUCAAAAAACAAAAAAAACAAAUAAACUAAAGAUGUUUAAAACUUUUAUGAAUAAAAUUAUUAAAAAAAUUAUAGACUUCUAAUUUCUGGUCGAACACAAAAGGAGUUUGGAAGUCAUCACUGUUCAAUCAAGAAGUAAAAGCUGAACAAACUGAAAAAAUGACUAUUUUUGGAUCUGUCAGAGAAUUGAGGUCAUAGAGCAAACCUCUGUUCCCUGAAUCAGAAACAGGCCUAAGAGUACAGAGAAUCACCAUUUACCAAGGAGAAGCUCUGCAGAAACCAGUGCCUGAAGUUCAGCUGACAAAUCGCUGUAGGCCCAGUGUGGAUGAGUCUGAGAAUUAAAAAAGCGGAGGGACCCCCCAUGCUUUUGUGAGCUUCACCUAAAGAAUGUGUUGAGGACUGUUAAUAAGAGCAAAGUCUGAGAAAGUUUGGACUUUUUCUAGGAAAAUUAGCUAAGUUGUAUUCGUAAGAACCAGUCGUGGUUCUGGAAUUUAGACUUUUUCAAAGCUUUUUCUUAUGAAGUAUGAUCUGCUUAAUCUCAGCUCUACUCUCUUUAAAAAGUUACUGAGAUUCCGUUUGCUACCACCUGGUCCAAGCCGCUAUCCCAUUUUCUAGGCUGCUACAAUAGCCUCUCAGCUGGGUCUCCUGCUUUCUCUGUUUAACCUGAGUGCCCCAUCGGGCAGUGGUGAUGUGCCUUUUGCAGUCUAAGUGAGCCUUGUGCUCUGUGCUGCUCACAGCUUUUCAAGAAAGAGAUUCCCUUCACAUUAUAACAAAGUCUCAAAUGUUUACCUUGACCUACAGGAGCCUUCCAGAGAUGAUCCCUCACCAUUUACCACUCUUGCCCCCAGCUCAUGCCUUUCCUGCCACAGGCUUCAUUCCUCCAACGCACCAGGCUCGUGUGCUUCUCCCGCUGUCCAGAAUAGCCCUUUCUCCAGAUAGCCUGUCAUCUUCUCCUCAGAGACCACAGUCCGGGCAGAGAUCGCCCUCAGCCUGUAUAGCAUUCCUUGUCACUCUGUUACCUUACCCUACUUUUUUUCCACACUGUGACGUGUCCUACAGCUUCAUUAUAUUUUUAUUGUUUGUCUUCCCCACUAGACUGAGAAUUCACGGGGUCAGGAGUUUUGUUUUAAUCUUUAUACCCCCAAUGCUUAGGACAUAGUAUUACUCAGUCAAUUGUUCCUGAAUAAUGGGGACUCUUGUGCCUUACUCAAAACACAGGAGUUGUUCAUUUGAUCUUUUUUGUUUUUUGUUUUUUGUUUU